AGACUAACCAUCUCAAAAGCCUCCUUGAGGAUACCAAUGUCAUUCAGGUCUGGCAGCACAAGAGAGCAUGAAACUAGUGACCAGUCAACUGGUCGUUCAGCUUCCCCACCAGUCCCAGAGUCUAGUGAGAUUGAGGCUGAAGGCUUGAUAUUUUAUCACAUGGAUCUUUAUGGAUCAAAGGAUAGGUUUGAUAUCUUUCCUGAAGACCUAUCUGGUCAAGGAGACAGAUCUCGGGGGGAUACAAGAAGGGAACCUGCACUGAGUAGUGAAAAAUUUCCGCGCUCACAAGAAGCUGGAUAUGACUUGGAGAGGGAGGUUGCAGAGUUGGCUAAGAUGUAUGGACUUGAUGAGGAUAGAGAAAAAGAGCUUGAGCUUCUUGGAGGACAUCUGGAGAUGGUGGAGAGCAGACGGCCACCUGCUCACACAGAAAAAGCAGGAUCACAAGGCUCCCUAUAUAAUGCAUCAAAAAGUAGCUCUCCAGUGAGAGAUCAAAGUCAAAGCACAAAGCAACAGGGACUUCCUGGCGAGGCUUCUCAAGAUGAAGAUCAGAGCAAAGCCAUAGCAGAGGAUGAGGCUGAGAGCCACAUAUGGUCCAGAGAGGGGCUUAGCAGCAGUGCCAUGUCAGAUGAGUGGAACAGCCAGGCUGUCAGUGAGGAGGAGGAAGCGGCAAAUGUUUUUUGUUCUACCUGCAAGAUGCCAAUCCGAGCUUUUGACAAACUCUUUGGUGAGCACAAAGAUCACGAAGUGGCUCAGCUCUCCAGUGCCGUGGAAAGUGAAAAGGAGGAGAUUCAUAAAAACAUGUGCAAGUUGGAAGAGCAGAUUGCUCAGAUGGAAAACUUUGCCAGUCACUUGGAGGAAAUCUUCAUCACUGUAGAGGAAAACUUUGGGAGGCAGGAGCAGAAUUUCGAGGUGCAUUACAAUGAUGCAGUACAAGUGCUUGCUCAGAAGUAUGAAGAACAGUUGGAAGCACUGGGGGAAGAGAAGAGGCAGAAGCUGGAAGCUUUAUAUGGGCAGCUGGUCCAUUGUGGGGAACAUCUCGACACCUGCAAGGAGCUGACAGAUGCAACCCAGCAGCUAUACCUGGAAAAUGACAAAGCCAGUUUUAUGAAGGCAGCAGUAACCAUGGUUGACAGGCUGGAAGACUUCUUAAAGAAGGAAGUGGAUUUAAAGCUUUCAACACAGCCCGACUUUGAAGAGCGGGUCAUAGAUUUCUCUGAAGUUGAACAACUAAUGAACUCCAUUAAUACUAUUCCAGCUCCUUGUGCCCCUGUGAUCAGUCCUCAGGCUCCCAAUGCAGCAACUGGCACCUCACUGAGAGUUUGCUGGGGCCUCUUCUCAGAUGACACUGUUGAGUGCUACCAACUGUGCUAUAAACCAGUGAGCAACGACGGGCACAAUGGUGAACAAGCAGAGCAUACCCUAAAAGUCAAAGAAACAUACUGCACCAUCACUAAUUUGUUGCCGAAUACACAAUAUGAAUUUUGGGUCAGUGCUUUAAAUGCCUCUGGUAUCAGUCCACCAAGUGAAAGAGCAGUUUAUGUAACAGCUCCUUCACCACCUACCAUAAAGAGUAAAAAGAUCCGAAGCUGUGAAAAUGCAGCACUGGUCUGCUGGGAAUCUAGAGACAUUAACCCUGUUGAUUCUUACAUGGUUGAAUUGUCCAAGCUGACAGAUGAAGAAAAUGGCAAUAUGAUUACUGAAUCUAUUGUUGGGAUUCCUAACUGUGAAGUCCUAAUUCACCUCCAGCCAAUGCAAAGCUAUCGCAUCUGUGUUAGAGCCUUAAACCUGGGUGGUUCCAGUGAAAGAAGUGAACCUGUCCUGAUACACACCACAGGCACCUACUUCUGCCUUAACGAGGAUACAGCCCAUCCUUUACUGGCGAUUCUAGAUGAUGGAUUUACAAUUGCAUGUGACGAACUGGAAAACCCAGAGUGUGAUCUGCCCGUCUAUGAUAACAGCUUUACAAGGUGUAUUGGGAUCUUGGGCAGUCUGAUCCCAUUUCCAGGAAAGCAUUACUGGGAGGUGGAAGCUGAGGAAGAUACAGAGUACAGAAUCGGCGUGGCUUUUGAAAACACUCCAAGACAUGGUUAUCUGGGGGCAAACAACUCAUCCUGGUGCAUGAGGCAUAUCAUCACACCAUCGAGGCACAAGUAUGAAUUCCUGCACAGUGGGAUGACACCAGACAUCAGAAUUACUAUCCCCCCGCGAAGGACUGGCAUUCUGCUGGACUAUGAGAACUGCAGACUAUCAUUUUUCAAUGCAGAGAUUGCCCAGCACCUUUACACAUUCACCUUGCACUUCCAGCAUUACGUCCACCCCUGCUUUGCUUUGGAAACACCGGGUAUCUUACAGAUACACACUGGAAUUGCAAUACCCCCGUGGACUGCCCUCCCAUAACCCGUGUUCUGCAGCUACAUCUACAGGUAACCUGCACUGAGCAAUGCCAUCUUUCAGCAUUAACUGCUCCAUCACGCUCCCCACAAACCAGCUGUCUCCCAAGAGAGCAGAGCAACCCUGCCCAAACCAGCUGCCAGGCCUGAGCUCUUAGAACAGUUUCUGUCCUCUUAGUCAGGAGCUUAGCAGAAAACCAUUAUGGUCACAAGAUCCAUCAGCAUCUCAGCACCCUCCAGUUAGAAAUGGACACCAUCCUUCUCAGAGGUGACACUGACACCAAGCAGCAGUGGCAGCUGGAUUACUGGUUCCCCCAGUACCCAUGUGGUGCCUAGGGAACUCCCCUGUUCCAGAGCAAUCAUUAAUUCCACUCUUGCAUCUGCUGAAGAGCUAAAAAUUCAAAGAAAAACAAAAAUAGCAAAAGGCAUAAUCACUGUACAGCUGCUAGACAGAGCUGAAAACACUCCAACCAUGAAGCUGAUCUCACAAUCAAGCAUUCUUGUUGCUACAUGAAGUCUGUGACACAAGAUAAUCAAAUACGCCUCCCUUGUGUGUGAACUGUUAGCGCCUACCAUACACAGUGAGGCUUUUUGAAAUACCCAAGCAUGCACUACAGUUUCAAAUAUUAAAAGACAUUUUUACAGAAUGCCCAUGUUCCUCAUUCAUUCAUCCAGGGAAAAAACAAACCAAAGCCUUUUGCAGUGCUUGACUGCCCCUGUAGAAACCUAAAGCAUCAUUUUUAGCCUGUUCUGGCCAUGCUCACCUCCACCUGGGUGUACCUCCACACACAGAUCUGUUCUCCCCCUCCGCACUGAAGAACUCUCACUCCUGAUGCCGUGCCCCCGUCUGGCCCAGCACUCAGCCGAAAGAUCUUUGUAUAGGCUUCACUUCCAGA